AUGGACGAGGGCUACGGCUUCCUGCGGCAGAUAAAUUACCUGCCGGCCACAGGCGACGUCUACAUCUCUCAGUCCCAGAUUCGCCGGUUCGGUCUCCGCACCGGGGACACGGUAACCGGCCAGGUGCGUCCUCCCAAGGAGGGAGAACGCUAUUUUGGCCUGGUGAGGGUAGAGAAGGUCAACGGGCUGGAAACGGACCAGGUUCACGCCAGGUACCGGGCCCAGUUCGAAUACCUCACUCCCAUCUUCCCGGAACAGCAGGUGGUCCUGGAGACCGACAGCGCCAAUCUGUCUACCCGGAUGGUUGACCUGUUUGCCCCCAUUGGCCUAGGGCAACGGGGCCUGAUUGUCUCACCCCCCAAGGCCGGAAAGACCACCAUCCUCAAGCAGAUCGCCCACAGCGUGUCGCUCAACAAGCCUGACGCUGUCCUGAUGGUGGUACUUAUCGGGGAACGGCCGGAGGAAGUAACGGACAUGCGCCGGGCGGUGGAUGGCGACGUCUUCGCUUCCACCUUUGACGAAUCCGUGGAGGAGCAGUGCCGGGUGGCCGAACUGGCCUUGGAGCGGUCCAAGCGGCUGGUGGAAAACGGGCUGGACGUGGUCAUCCUGCUCGACAGCGUCACCCGCCUUACCCGCGCCUAUAAUUUGGCGGUGCCCUCCAGCGGUCGCACCCUGUCUGGCGGUAUUGACCCCGCGGCCCUUUACCCGCCCAAGAAGUUCUUCGGCGCAGCCCGGAACAUCGAAGAGGGCGGCAGCCUGACCAUCAUUGGCACCUGCCUCGUGGAUACGGGCAGCCGGAUGGACGAGGUUAUCUACGAGGAGUUCAAGGGUACCGGCAACAUGGAACUGCACCUGGACCGUAAGCUGGCCGACCGCCGCUUCUUCCCGGCGGUGGAUAUUGUCCGCAGCGGAACCCGGCGGGAAGAGUUGCUGUACGACGAAAAUACCAUGAAGCAGAUCUGGCUGCUGCGCCGGAUGAUUUCCCUUAUCUCCAACGAUGGCUCCACCAGUGCCACCGAGCGGGUGCUGGAAAGGUUGUCCAAGUACGCCAGCAACGAGGAAUUCCUGGGCAACCUGAACAAAGAGACCUGA